UGUCAGGUUUUUUUUUAUUUAAUUUUUUUGUUAAGUUACACUGUUAGAAAGUCAUUGUCCUGAAAUAUGGCAUUGACAGCUAAAUAAGUAAGAGAACUAUGUUUUCAUGGACUACUCCCUUAGAGAUCAAUAAUUUCGGUGAAAAAUGUUCCCAGUAAUGUCAGUGAAUUAGUAAGCAGCUGCAGUUUUUCAAAUUAGAGUUUUCCAAUUUUUAAAGUAGCAUGAACUCAUCUUAAUUCAAGCUAUUAGCUCACCAACACAUCAAAGUAAAAUAGCAUCUGUAUAGUUGGAUACCAGUAGCAAUAGGUGAAAAAAAGUGAUUUGGGUGAACUAACAAUUUUAAAUUACAAAGCAACAGCUACCAAAGACUGUUCUUUCUGAUGUGCACGAGUCUACCAUGUGAUAUGGACAAACACACUUACUGUAGGUGGACUAGUGUGUGUUCGGUCAGUCACAUGUAAAAGAGCAGUGUCAGCCAGCCCUCACACACCGGGCCUAUUGUCAGAGCAUCCGUCGAAGAGCUGACGUCAUGGCCAGUGCUAGGAGGGAAGAGGACUGGGCACGGGGACAUUAACAAGUAGGACUGAGUUAGAAACAUCGAGGAACAACAAAACAUCAAAAUGGAUAUCAGCAGUGGGAGGUUUGCUGUGGUCAUACUUGGUGUCUUUGGAUGGUCUCUGGCACUCUCCUCAGCAACCCAAGUUGGUCUGACAGAAAAAGUCCUAGUGUUCCCUUAUGAGACCGACUUCAGCUUCGUGGCUCUGAUCCCACAGAAGGAGAUGGGACUCAGGGCCUUCACCCUCUGCAUGCGUGUGGCCACUGAGCUGCCGGAAGAACGUCAGAUCAUCCUGUUCGCCUACCGCACGGCCGACUAUGAUGAGCUCAAUGUGUGGCGUGAGAAGGAUGGACGCGUCUCUUUUUACAUGAGUGGCGAUGGCACCUUUUUUCACCUGCCGCCCAUCACCACCUUUCGCACCAGCCUCUGCCUGACUUGGGAGUCUCGCACGGGCCUCGCUGCUUUCUGGGUGGACGGGAAACGCAGCACCUACCAGGUCUACAAACCCGGGCACACCAUUCGUCCAAAAGGUACCGUCCUGCUGGGGCAGGACCCGGACAAGCACCUGGGUGGUUUAGAGGCCGUGCAGAGCUUUGUAGGGGAGAUUACUGAUGUGAAUAUGUGGGACUUUGUGCUCUCCAGGAGUAUGAUCCAGGCCUGGCACUAUGGGCACAAGGUCCCCAAGGGCAACAUCUUUGACUGGGGCACUAUGGAGUAUGAGCUAAACGGGAACGUGAUGGUGGUGGAUGAUGACUGACUCGAUGUGGAGUUGUUUGCAGGGAGGGAUGAGGCUUUAGAUAUCUGUGAUGGACUGAUCCUGAUAUGUGUGAUUGUCUUUCUUAGAGUCAGUGUUGUUUUAUUUUAGGGCUUUCCUGCCAUAAAGUCCACAGGGUUAAUGUUGCACAAAGAACAUUUUGAUGAUAACGAAAGUAGAAAGAAGUAGUGUUGUUUGGGCUUAACCUCCAAUAUGUAACACUGCUAUUUUAAGCAGGAAAAUGCACUGGCAACAAAAGCCUAGACUUUGAGGUAAUGAUAAUAAUAAUUCUAAUAACUUUAUUUUUAUAGUGCAUUUAAAAACAGAGUUUACAAAGUUCUUUGACAGACAGAGCAAAAGCAGAAAUGGGAUACAUAGAAGGAAAUUUAACAACAGUGAGCCUUACUGAAUACAAGUGAGAGGAAACUACAGUACAGUUAGGAUAAAAUAAAAACGAGGACAAAAGCAGGAGACAAAAUGUCAAUAUAAAAAUACCACAAACAAUAAGUAA